CCUGCGUAACCAUGUAACAUAACCUCAAUCUGUCAAACCGGUGUAAUUUAACCUACAAAUAAUGCAAAUUUGCUAUUAUUAAUAAAAAAUCGGCUUGUUUGGCACAAAAUGCCAUGGAUUUGCAAUGCUUGAACACAAUUGAUUGUCAGCAGGGGGCUGUAAGGGCGGUCCGCUUUAAUGUUGAUGGCUCCUACUGUUUGACAUGUGGCUCGGACAAAAAACUGAAACUGUGGAACCCCUAUCGCAGCCUCCCUUUAAAAACCUACGGAGGACACGGGAACGAAGUCUUGGAUGCUUGCGGGUCAUGCGAUAGCAGCCAAAUCGUCUCUUGUUCGUCCGAUAAAUCGGUGAUCAUUUGGGACGUGUCCACCGGACAGCCUUUACGACGAUUUCGGGGCCAUGCCGCCACUGUGACAUGUGUUAAGUUCAAUGAGGAGUCCUCAGUGGCGAUUUCUGGGAGUUUGGACAACACUAUAAUGUGUUGGGACGUCAAGUCGCGCAACACCAGCCCCAUCCAGACUCUUAAAGAGGCCAAGGAUUGCAUAACGUCGAUUCAAGUCACAGAUCACGAGAUUUUAGCCGGAUCUGUAGAUUGUUCAGUCAGGAGAUAUGACCUAAGGAAUGGGAGUUGUCACGCGGAUUUCGUGGGGGCUGCGAUAACUUCGGUGUCUUUUUCACACGAUGGGCAAUGUGUGUUGGUGGGCUCGGCCGAUAGCACGAUUCGGUUGUUGGACAAAAACACAGGGGAGAUGCUUGGAGAGUACACGGGGCACCGCACCGAUGAUAUGAAUAUUGAAAGCGCUAUUAUAACUAGUGACAAUCACGUCUUGUCCGGUUCUGUUACUGGAGAGCUGUUUUGUUGGGAUCUGGUGAGUGGGGCUGUCGUACAAAAAUAUGUCCACACGUCUAGAAAAGUAUUAAAUUCAUUAAGUGUUCACCCGACUGAGGACACAGUCCUAACCGCGUCCGUUCAAACGAUUAAAAUUUGGGGGAAAGCGGAAAAUGUAAAAAUUGAAGAAAAACCAAGUCAAUAAAAGUGUAUAAUUUCCUAAAAAACACAACAAAUUUCGACUAUUAUCUACAUAACAGAUUGGUUAGAAGAGGUGUAAACAUUCUCAGAAAAAAACGUAUUGUUAGGGCAAAAAUCACAGCACAGAGUGUUAGUAAUUAUUAAAAAUAGGAAUCUUACAAUUAGGAGUAUCCUAGUGAUUUUUAUUUGUUUUGGACAACUUUUAAUAAAAAAAUGGAAAAUUUU